GCCGCAUGCCCAGUGGCUACGGCAGGGUUGCCCUCCAGCCCCAAAUGACCUCCUGCGGUAGUGGACGCCGAGAGGGACCUUUGGCUUCCUAACGCAGUUGUCGUUGUCCCUGCGGUGUCUUCUAACGUGGUGCCUCUUCGUUUGUCGCUGGCUCAUCAUGGCUUCCAGUCACACUGUGUUGAUGCGGUUGGUAGCCUCAGCUUAUUCCAUUGCUCAAAAGGCAGGCAUGAUAGUGAGACAUGUUAUUGCUGAAGGAGACCUGGGAAUUGUGGAGAAGACCUGUGCGACUGACCUGCAGACCAAAGCUGACCGAUUGGUUCAGAUGAGCAUAUGCUCUUCAUUGGCACGGAAAUUCCCCAAACUAACAAUUAUAGGGGAGGAGGAUCUGCCCUCUGAGGAAGUGGAUCAAGAGCUGAUUGAAGAUGGGCAGUGGGAGGAAAUACUGAAGCAACCAUGUCCAUCACAGUACAGUUCUAUUAAAGAGGAAGAUCUUGUGGUCUGGGUUGAUCCCUUAGAUGGUACCAAGGAGUAUACUGAAGGCCUUCUUGACAAUGUAACAGUUCUUAUUGGAAUUGCUUAUGAAGGAAAAGCCAUAGCAGGAAUUAUUAACCAGCCAUAUUACAACUACCAGAACAAUGAAAAGCAGAAGUUAAGGGAAGACAGGAGUGAAGCAAAGGCAGGACCAGAUGCUGUGUUGGGGAGGACAAUCUGGGGAGUUUUAGGUUUAGGUGCCUUUGGGUUUCAACUGAAAGAAGCCCCUGCUGGGAAACAUAUUGUCACCACUACUCGAUCCCACAGCAACAAGUUGGUUACCGACUGUGUUACUGCAAUGAAUCCUGAUGAUGUGCUGCGAGUGGGAGGAGCCGGAAAUAAGAUAAUUCAGCUGAUUGAAGGCAAAGCCUCUGCUUAUGUAUUUGCAAGUCCUGGAUGUAAGAAAUGGGAUACCUGUGCCCCGGAAGUCAUUUUACAUGCUGUAGGAGGCAAGUUAACUGAUAUCCAUGGAAAUGCCCUCCAGUACAACAAGGAAGUGAAGCACAUGAACUCUGCAGGAGUCCUGGCUGCACUGAGAAAUUAUGACUACUAUGCGAGUCGAGUUCCAGAAUCUGUUAAACAGGCACUUGUUCCUUAAAGGACAAUUUCAUUUACUUAGCUAGGUAAAGGACUUGUUCAUAAAAUAAUAGAUUUUUAAACUAAUUGAAUGGGAUCAGAGCUCCAUCUUUAUUCAUUGUUAUUAUCAGUGAUUUACAUUUAGUUAUUUAGGAUCAAGAAAUAGAAUUAAAGUAUUGAACUCGAUUAAUCAGCCAGACCAAAUUCGUCAUCUGGAGAAUUUGCAAACCUUAAUAUGUGAUUUUUUUCCUCUUUUUAUGUGAAGAAAUGAAAAAAGGUUUAGCUCUAGUUGACCAUAAGGCUCAGUUGUUGAAUCAACAUUCCUAUUUUAUAAAACAGAUUUCUUGGGGCCGGUGCUGUGGCAUAGUGGGUAAAGCCACCGCCUACAGUGCUGGCAUCCCAUGUGGACAUUGGUUUGAGUCCCAGCUGCUCUACUAUGGCCUGAGAAAGCAGUGGAAGAUGAUGGCCCAAGUCCUUGGGCCCUGCACACACAUGGGAGACCUGGAAGAAGCUCUUGGAGCAGAGCUUCCGGAAGAAGCUUCUGGAACAGCUUUCAGGCUGUUGCGGCCAAUUGGGGAGUGAACCAUCUCUCUCUCUCUCUCUCUCUCUCUCUCUCUGCGUGUAACUCUUUCAAAUAAAUAAAUAAAUCUUUAAAAAAAAAGAAUACUUACCAAAAAAAAAUACUGAUUUCUUUAGGACAUAGCCCAGUCAUUUGUUUGGAAUCUCAGUCCUGUUUUCUCAGUGAUUUUUAGUAUGUUCCUGUUCUAUGUACAAAUACAUAUAAUGUUAUGUAUGUUGAUUAAACAGAUUUAUGAUGAAAGUUUCUUCAAAAUAAAUCACUUAAUCUUA